AGAUUGAGCCCAAAGCCUUGUACACGCUAGGCACACAUUCUACUGACUGAGCUACAUUCCUAGCACCACACCUUUUAAAUUUAGGUCAGUUAGUAACCCCAAAAUGUCAGAGUUGGGGGUCACCGAGGAACAAUUUAGCCACAGGAACCAAUUAGGGUUUGUUCUUUCCUAUAAGGUUUGAUGGAAUAUACACACUUUGUUUGUGUUUUCCGUUUGUGCAAUCAUACAUUGUUAAAAUGCAUUAUUGCAAGCAGAAUUCCUCAGACAGGGUUUGACAGGAAGCUGUCCCAAGAGGUAACUAAGUAGCUAUGAUUCCCUUAGCCCUAUAUCCUCAGAUUUCUAGGUCUGCAGCAUAUAAUCAAAAUGGCAUUUUAACCUAUCUGUGCUGGGUUCUUUUGUUUUUGCUUCUUUGCACAAAAUGGGCAGUGGAGACCAAAACUGAUACAUAGUUUAGACCAUUAGAGAAAUAAAGAUCCUUGGGAAUUUUUGGUGAAUGACUUUGACCAAGAAGGCAAGUUGUAUGCCAAAAUCGGGCCAUGCCAGGUCCAUUUAUUUGGUUGCAACACCAAAGCAGAAAGGAGUCUCUUCUGCCACCAGGAUUUGUAACUCACUGAGGGAGUCAUUGCUGCUGAACAGAAAGAGACCUAAGGUUGGCCCAUAAUCCGACAGUAAGCACUGGUACUUGGCUGGGGCUGUUUAUUCUGCUGCUCUACAGUAGGUGGACUCUGGGCGUGGUGGGCGUGCUUGUCUAAGUACCUGUUUGCAGAACACCCACGCAGGGCAGAGCUAAAACAGCCGUAAUCUGAAACCAGUCUAGUUGGUUUUCCUUCCCAGCAGUCAGAGAAAAUCUGCAUUCCAGAUGAAACCUGCCGGCUAGCUGGAGGAAAGCAUUUAAAAACAAAAAGACAUUCCAAGGGUAGUAAAUUAACUGCUCUGAGAGUUCUGGGCACUUUGAGAGGAUCUUUUUCUUUACUUCCUGUCUUUGAUUAGGGGUUUGCAGGAGGCUGUUGAUGUAGGCGAAAUGCUGGGUUUGGGACCUGGCUGGCCCAGGCCUCUGAUUAAGAUCAGGAUGGAAAAGAGGGCUCACUUCUGAAGUCCUUUGGUCAUUUUCUGCUGAUUCACUUUGGAAUCUCUUGGGCUGCACCAGGGGGUGGUUCAGGGCUGUCAGGACCAGCUUGCCGGCUCAGCACUUUAGGAACCUCAACUUGCUCACCAAUGAGGAAGUUGAAUGCGACCAGGAGGAUCGUAGGCACGGGGCGGAGCUCCUCCUGAAGUCCUGGGCUGGGAUUACGGGACAGGCUGACUUUGCCUGCCACAAAACGCCUUUUGUCCUGGGGAGUAAAUACGGAAGUCCAGAAGAGCAGCCUGCCUGCCCAUGUGUAGUAAGGUGUGCGGCCCCAGCUGCGUUGGGGCAUAGAGUUGCCCAGACUUAGCAAGUUGCCCUGGGCACGCCGGCAUCGAACAAACCGGAAGGGAGGGCUCUGUGACCUGAAAGAGACCAAGUGUGUUUUCUGAGCAGCUGAAAGCCUGGCUCUCUCCCCGGUCCUGUAGCUCCCUGUCCUGUAAGUCAAGAGCAGAUGGAGCGGAUAAACUGAGCGAGCAGGGCAGGUAACACAAGGCAGAACUUCUGUCAAGGGCACUGCGGGGACAUGGAGGAGGUUGGUAACUCUCUCAACAGCGGAGAUGUGCUGGAACCCGACAAAUCCGAAGCCGGGCUGGAGAUGGCUCAGUCGAUCCUGAGUAAAUUCUCUAUGAAAUCACUGUUUGGAUUUACAAGUAAAUUGGAUUCCUUGGAUCCUGAAGAGGAAGAUGCUGUGCUGAAGUCAUUUCGCAGUUUAGAGGUGGAUCCCAGCGAAGGCUCAGAUCAGCCACAGCCAGAGGCUCCAGUUCCACCUGAUCUUGAAAAUGAUGAGAAGUCCGCAAGCGCGGAGACAGGAUCGGAGGGAAAUCAGGGGAAAGCCAGAUCAGGCACCUCUUCCCCUGGUCAUGAGCUGCGUUCACCUGCCACUGUGAGUGUGGAUGGUGAGGAUGUCAUUUGGGUCCAUGGGACCCUGGUUCACACCACCAGUGAUUCUGACUCUGAAGAUGGAGGCCAAGAGGCAGAAGAAAGAAGUGGCCUUGAUACCCAGGAGUCGACCACCGUUGUUUCUUCUGAACCAUGUCAAGAGCCCAAAGAAAGACCGGGAGAUUCUGACGACACUGGGGAAACUGAUGAUGCAGAACUCCGUGAUGAUUCUAAGAGAACUUUACCUGAGACAAGUAGCAAACUGGACCCUGGCGGUGAUGGUAGCCACCCAGCGGAGCACAGCCACGGGCAGGGCCAGGCUGCAGAAGAAAGGCCCCAAAUCCCACCCGCAGCAUCAGACCAGACUGCUGGUGUCACCGAGAGUACUGUUUCUAAAAGAGAGAGAGAAGCUCCCGGAGGAGAGAAGUCGUUCCAGCUUCCAGCUUUCUUUAGUGGGCUCCGGGUGCUGAAGAAGGGGGCUACAGCGGAGGCAGGGGAGACCAUUACUGAAAUCAAACCCAAGGACGGAGACUUGGCUUUGCUCAAGCUGACCCAGCCUGUUCAUAAAUCCCUGGUGCAGGGAGGCCAGCAGACAGUGAAGAGCCAGGGUAGAACAACUGAUCCGAAGGCCACUCCCACUCUCCUGGAGCAGCUAUCUCAGCUACUGAACAUUGACAUGCCAAGAACCGAAGUGAAGGAAGCCGACCCUGAGUUCCCUGGAGCCGACGAGAUGGGCUAUAGUACUGACCAGGAGAACCAGAAGUGUUCUGGAGAUGCCCAAGUCCAGGGUGGCCAGGUGAAGGCAAAGCCACCAGAGACUGCCCUGGAGGCCUUUAAGGCCUUAUUCAUCCGUCCCCCUAAAAAGGGGACCACAGCUGACACCUCCGAGCUGGAAGCUCUUAAGCGGAAGAUGAGACACGAGAAGGAAUCACUCCGCGCUGUGUUCGAAAGGUCCAAGUCAAGGCCAGCAGACAGCCCCUCUGAUCCCAAAAGCCCGGACCAGAGCCCCACAGAGCAGGACGACAGGACUCCUGGCAGACUCCAAGCUGUCUGGCCACCCCCAAAGACAAAAGACACAGAAGAAAAAGUGGGACUGAAGUACACUGAAGCAGAAUACCAGGCUGCUAUCUUACAUCUGAAGAGGGAGCACAAAGAAGAAAUCGAAAACCUGCAGGCUCAAUUUGAACUUAAGACAUUUCACAUCCGGGGUGAGCAUGCAUUAAUAACAGCAAGACUUGAAGAAACUAUUGAAAAUCUCAAGCAACAGUUAGACCACCGCUGGGGAGGAGGAUGUGAAGAGAUGAGAGACGCAUGCAUCUCUACUGAUGAUGACUGCCCCCCAAAGGCCUUCAGAAAUGUGUGCAUCCAGACAGACAGAGAGACGUUCCUCAAGCCCUGUGAAGGUGAAAGCAAGACAACCAGAAGCAACCAGAUAGCACCCAAGAAGUUGAAUAUCUCGUUAACCCAACUCUCUCCCACAAAAGACAGUAAAGACAUCCACAUACCACUUCAGACAGGGGAAGGCAUCUCAUCCAGUCAACAGAAGAUAUCACCUCCACCUCCCACACCUCCUUUUCCUCCGCCUCUCAUUCCUCCCCCUCCGCCUCUCCCCACUGGACUUGGACCUUUGCCACCAGCACCACCCAUAUCACCUGUGAGUGCUGGGCCACCACCACCACCUCCUCCACCUCCUCCACCACCUCCCCUGCCUCCAAGUGCUGGACCUCCCCCACCUCCUCCCCCACCACCACUUCCUAAUGUCCUGGCUCCUCCUAACAGUGGAGGGCUUCCUCCUCCUCCUCCUCCUCCUCCUCUCCCCCCUCCUCCUCCUCCCCCAGGACUUGCACCUCCACCUCCUCCUGGACUAUCCUUUGGACUCAGCUCUUCUUCUAGUCAGUGUCCUCGUAAACCAGCCAUUGAACCCAGCUGUCCCAUGAAGCCUUUGUAUUGGACUAGAAUACAAAUAAGUGAUAAGAGCCAAGAUGCCACACCAACUUUAUGGGACUCCUUAGAAGAACCUCAUAUUAAGGACACCAGUGAAUUUGAAUAUUUAUUCUCCAAAGACACAACUCAACAGAAGAAAAAACCCCUGUCAGAAACCUACGAGAAGAAGAACAAAGUCAAAAAGAUCAUCAAGUUAUUGGACGGAAAACGAUCUCAAACUGUGGGAAUCUUGAUAUCUAGUUUACAUUUGGAAAUGAAGGAUAUCCAACAGGCCAUAUUUAACGUGGAUGACUCUGUGGUUGACCUGGAGACCCUGGCAGCCUUAUAUGAAAAUCGAGCCCAAGAGGAUGAGUUGACUAAAAUAAAAAAGUACUACGAGACAUCCAAAGAAGAAGACUUGAAGCUGUUGGACAAACCUGAACAAUUUCUGCAUGAGUUAGCCCAGAUUCCCAAUUUUGCUGAGCGUGCCCAAUGCAUAAUCUUCAGGGCUGUGUUUUCUGAGAGUGUUACUUCCCUACACAGAAAAGUAGAGAUUGUCACACGAGCCUCAAAGGGCUUGCUGCACAUGAAGAGUGUAAAGGACAUCUUAGCUCUCAUUCUGGCUUUUGGAAAUUAUAUGAACGGAGGGAACAGGACUCGAGGGCAAGCAGAUGGAUAUGGUUUAGAAAUCCUACCCAAACUCAAAGACGUCAAAAGUCGGGACAAUGGGAUGAACCUGGUGGACUAUGUCGUGAAGUAUUAUCUGCGGUACUAUGAUCAGGAAGCUGGAACAGACAAGAGUGUUUUCCCACUACCUGAACCACAAGAUUUCUUUCUGGCCUCCCAAGUCAAGUUUGAAGACCUCAUAAAAGAUUUGAGAAAACUGAAGCGACAGCUAGAAGCAAGUGAGCAACAGAUGAAGUUGGUGUGCAAGGAGUCCCCAAAGGAGUAUCUGCAGCCUUUCAAGGACAAGCUGGAGGACUUCUUCCAGAAAGCCAAAAAAGAGCAUAAAAUGGAAGAAAUUCACUUGGAGAAUGCACAGAAGAGUUUUGAAACAACGGUGGGAUAUUUUGGAAUGAAGCCAAAGACUGGAGAGAAGGAGAUCACCCCAAGCUAUGUGUUUAUGGUAUGGUUUGAGUUCUGCAGCGACUUCAAGACAAUUUGGAAACGGGAGAGUAAGAGCCUAUCUAAAGAGAGAUUAAAAAUGGCUCAGGCAUCUGUCAGCAAACUGACAUCAGAGAAGAAAGUGGAGACGAAGAAAAUUAAUCCCACUGCUAGUCUGAAAGAAAGACUGCGUCAGAAGGAAGCCAGUGUGGCCACCAGCUAACAUGGAAACAGAAGGAAAUUCCAGUGCAAGAGGAGGCCACCCAGUGCUCCUUUAGACCCAAGUGCCAAGGGAGUUCCUGACAGAUCUGCUACAGAACAUCUGCUUUGCUUAUCUCCUUCUGAGGUCCUCUGUAGAAAGUACCUGUGCCUUCCUUGAGAAGUCCCUUGUUAAUCCACAGGAACAAUGUGAUGCUAUGUAUAGGAAUGUUACAGGAAUAUUUGAUAGUUGUUUCUUAUGGAAGUCCAAAGUCCAUCCUAUAAAAGAAUCAGAAGAUGUACCAAAAUGUUUCACAUUUUACUUUAUGCUGAAAUGCUACGCUUUCCAAUGUGUAUCCAUCAUGGAAAAAGAGGUACAUCUCUUAUAGUGAUUGCCUUGAGAGAACUCAAGCCUUGUUCCUCACACACUGUUUUUUUUUUUUUUUUUUUUUUUUUUAUUGGUCUUAAUCUUGAUCCGGUUGUACCAAGAUCCUAUGGAUGUUGAAACAUGGGUGGAAAGAGAGAAAAUAAUAACCAAAAACCUUAUCCUGGAGACUAAGUUAUGAUGCUGAGAGUGAACAUUAGACAUUGAGAUAGGACCACUCAAUUAACAUGGCUUCCUGACCAGUAGAGAUUCUGUACCAACUUCUAAUAGAAACAGGGCAGGGACAGACUUGGAUUGCGUGCUCUCUUGGACAAGGGACUAGGUGGCUUCAGAUCCAUUGUGGACCGUGAAUGAAUGCUAUGUAGACUUGUAGAUGAGGUCUACAGUGUAUCCCACCACUCCCAGCAGUUUCCAGGAGAGCAAAUGAUACUACCUUUUAUCAUGACCUUGACUCAUAAGCAUAUGAAGAAUGGUAGCCAGGAACUGUUUGCUGUUCCAAAACUUAUGAUCAGAGAAAAGUUCUUUACAGUGAAGUGAAAGCAAAGUGGUUGUGUUAGUAUUACCCUCUGAAUGGACUGUCAGGACAGGUUGUAUUUUCUAACUCUGGCCCUUAAAUCACGGAGAAAAGCCACCUGGGACCUUUUGCCUACAUUUUUCUCCCUAAGCCACCACUGUUUGAACUUCCCUGGUGAGAAAACAAGAAAGAGGACUGGGCAUGAACUGAGGAUUGUAUUGAAGACUGUUUUGAAGCCUUGAUACAAUGAAGGAAUGUGCUUCUUCUCCUGUUGGUGGAGACAGUCUAGAGUUACUCAGAGUCUUGCAUCCCUUGCUGAUCUGGCUACCUCUAGCUGCCACGUGGAGCCUGCCUCUUGCCUCAGCAACUUUCUAGAACUUUUGAACUUGCCAGAUACCUUAAGUGUCCUCCUGGAAUCUGCCUGCCAGUCAUCAGCCCCCCACUCAGGGACACUCCGAUAACAGAUGCAAGCUAAUGAAAGCAGAACUGUAGCCAGAUAAAGUGCAAACCUUGUGAAACAAGAGUAGCUGGCAUCUACUGAGUCACAGAUGCCAUUUCCAUGCCGGUGCUAAUUGUCUUUCAGUGGCCCAAAGGAAGGAGCAUGGUCACUUGGCUUAUUUUAAUCAAAAUGAAAGGGUGAGACAAAAUAGACAAUCAAAUAAGAAACUUAAUAUGACUAGAAUGCCUUGGUGUCACUGUUCUUUUCCUUUUGCUUUUUGUAUAUUGUUUCCGUUAUUCUCACUGUAACUAUGAAGAAGAGCAAAGGACUUAACCAACAAGGCAAAUUCCACUUGUAGACAUCCUGUUCUCUCCCUGGUGUCCUUGUUAGUAUUGAAGUGCAAAAGAAAAAUGCAAUUUUGUCUGUACCCCAGGAGUCAUCUCAGCAUUCUGUGAGGUCUGCACAUGCCUAGAGCCGUAUGGAUCCUGUGGAUGGGAUGAGUGGGAACAGGAAGCUUUCAGUGGGGUUGAUGCCACCUCAGGUCUCUAAGUAAGAUGUUCAUGAGUCAUCACAGGUGGCACGGUCUCUCUGUCCUUCAAGAACACAGCAGAUCUUAUAGGCUGUUGAGAACUAAACCAUACUGUUGGGGGUUGAGGACAAUUUUUUGUUUUCUAAUAUCCUAACUAUUUUGUAGUACAUAUCCCCCAUUUAAAAAGUCAAAGAUAAAACCAGUUGGGGUAAGGAUGCUGCAGAGAUGGCUCAGUAGUUGAGAGCACAUACUGUUCUUGUAGAUGUCCUGGGUUUAGAUUCCAUUGCCUUUGUUGGGUGGCUCACAAUCACGAUAACUAUCUUGAAAAAUCUGACAUCCUCUUCUGUCCUCUACGGACAGAAUACAC